AUGGCUGUUCCCCGCGCAAUCCGACAGGCCUUUCUGGCCAUUGAGCAAGCAGAGGGAGCUGGUGCACGAGUGCGCCGCUCCAUCGGUACCGCCAAGCUCCGCAACUUCAGCCCGUUCCUCAUGCUCGACCAUUUCACCAUCGGCAAGGGCGCCGGGUUCCCGGACCACCCGCACCGCGGUCAGGAGACUAUCACUUACCUGCUCUCGGGUGGUGUUGACCACGAAGACUUUGCUGGCAACAAGGGGACCAUCGGACCCGGCGACCUGCAGUUCAUGACUGCCGGCCGUGGCAUCAUGCAUGCAGAGAUGCCGCACGAGAACCCAGACGGCAGCCCCAAUGUCGGCAUGCAGUUGUGGGUCGACUUGCCCCAGAAGUUGAAAAUGUGCGAGCCUCGCUACCGUGACCUGCGCGCCAGCGAGAUCCCCGAGGCCACUGUUGACGAUGGUCGUGUCACGGUCAAGGUCAUCUCCGGCCAGUCGCACGGCGUGGACUCUGUGCGCGACCUGGCCUACACCCCCGUCUGGAUAUUGGACGUCACCAUCCGUCCCGGGGGUCGGAUCACGCAAACCUUGCCGCAGGGCUGGAACAGCUUUGCCUACACCCUCUCCGGUAGCACGGUCUUCGGCUCAAAUGAUUCCACCCGCGUCAUCAAGGAGUAUCACAACGUGGUCUUCGACCAGGCUGGUGACUACGUUGAAGCCUCAGUCCCGGAAAAUGCAAACUCUGAGGCCCGGUUCCUGAUUGUCGCCGGCCAACCGCUCGACCAGAAGGUGGUUCAGUACGGGCCCUUUGUGUUGAACACCCAGGAGGAGGUUUAUCAGGCAAUGCUUGACUACCAGACAGCCUCCAAUGGAUUUGAGAAGUCGCGAAACUGGCAAAGUGAUAUUGGCAAGCGAAUGGGACUCUAG